AUGUUGCCGGGGGACGCCACCAUUAUAGACGAUCCAGAAAAUGACCUGCAGGAGAUGGUGCACGAAGCUGAUAUCGUUGGCACUGUGGCCAACCUUGGUGCAAAUCAAGCCCUGACCUCAGACUACGUGGGCUCUGGUUACGAGAGAGGGCUGCUCAAUCCCAGCCUGCUCAAUGAGGAGGAUUUCCAGAUGGCCACUUACACGCUCACGAACGCCGUCCCUCUGAGCCCAUCUCUGAGCAAAAGCUGGCACAGAGACAUCGGGAGGAUAGUGGAGCAAGCUCUGGUCCCUCACUGCUCCAAGAAAGAUCAUCUGUAUCUCCUUGCAGGUGCAAUUCCUUCCAAUGUCCAAGUUAAAGGCAAGGUGGCAGUGCCAGAGACUCUCUGGCUGGCAGCCUGCUGUGAUGCUCCGGAGGGAUGGUCCCUGGGACUAGUGAAAAAAACGAAUGAUGAGAACAGCUUGGUGGACCUCACGGUGGGAGAGCUGGAGAAGCAGCUUCUAGCAGGAGUUCACUUGUUUAAGGGCAGCUGUGGGGAAGACAAUCAAAGCCAGGAGAAAACAGAAGCAAUAUUGCAAGCUGUCAGUCAGAUCCGCUCCGGAGAGCAAGUAGGAACAAGUGACAACGAGGAGGCCAAAGACAGUGGCUUGGUGAGAAAAGUGGCUGGCAUCAUUGCUACCCCUUUCAUCAAACUUCUGGAACUCCUCAUCUACGUGUUUGUGGAGCUGGUGAAAUUUGUGUUCUAUUUUCUGUGGCUUGUUAUCAAGCGGGUUGUUGGUACAGUUCUGGAUGGAGUCUACAGCCUGUGGAACGGGGUGGUGUCCUACCUUAAAGCCAUCAGCAUGGUGCUCAUCAGCAUCCCCUAUGAUGUGGGGAGGGUCAUCGUCAACAUCUUUCUGGGCUUCCUGGAAAUUGUUCAAGAUGUGGCGUCCCUCACCUACAGGAUUCUGCGCAUCCCUGUGGGGUUUGUCCUUCACCUCGCUGCUUUUCCUUACUACUCCAUCUGUGCCAUUCCCUCUGUCCUCAAAGACUUGGCCACCGGCAUCGGGGGCACCUUCUCCCUGGUCAUCGAUGCCACAGCCACACUUCUGCAUGGCUUUUAUUAUUUGGCUGGUCACAUAGUCAAGCGGUUUGUCCCUAAAGGCUCCUCUGAUGACUUAUAGGGAUGGAAACCAAAGCUGCAAAGACAUGGAGUGGAGGAGGAGUGGGGCAAUGCUUUAAGAUACGUGGCCAAACGCUGUCAAUUUUGUUCUGGUAUUUAUUGUAGUGACAUUAAUAAUAAUGAACCAACUGGGGAGUAACAGGGGAGGCCGACGUAAUGUUGCCGGGGGACGCCACCAUUGUAACUCAAGUUCUGCUGUUGUAAAGUGUUGGGGUUUUAUCGGUGCAGGCCACAAAGUUCCUGUGAUUUUGCAAGAUGCUUCCUCUGGGAGAUGUGUGCUGAAUGUGGUACGGGGUUCUUUCCUUCCAGCAGAAAUAAAACUGGGACCUACGCACUGGCAGA